AGGCGGGGCCUGGGAUCCGCUGGGGGGCGGGACCCAGGCCGCGACCCCGACCCCGACCCAGGUCGCGACCCCCAGGCGGGCCCACCGGUAUGGCCCGGCACGUGUUCCUGACGGGGCCCCCAGGAGUUGGAAAAACAACGCUGAUCCAGAAAGCAAGUGAGGUGUUAAAAUCCUCCGGUGUGCCUGUCGAUGGAUUUUACACAGAAGAAGUCAGACAGGGAGGGAGAAGAAUAGGAUUCGAUGUUGUCACGUUAUCUGGUCUGCGGGGAGUUUUGUCCAGAAUUGGGUCAGAGCCUCCACCUGGAAAACGUGAAUGCCGGGUUGGGCAGUACGUAGUGGAUCUGACUUCGUUCGAACACUUGGCACUUCCGGUCUUGAGGAAUGCAGGUUCCAGCAGUGGCCCAGGGCACAGAGUGUGCAUCAUCGACGAGAUCGGGAAAAUGGAGCUCUUCAGUCAGCCUUUCAUCCAGGCUGUUCGUCAGACACUGGCCACCCCAGGGACUGUCGUCCUGGGCACGAUCCCAAUACCGAAAGGAAAACCGCUGGCCCUCGUGGAAGAAAUCAGAAACAGAAACGACGUUCAGGUGUUCAGUGUCACCAAGGAAAACAGAAACCAUCUUUUGCCCGAUAUUGUGACGUGUGUGCAGAGCGGCAGGAAGUGAAGACGGUUCGCGUCCCUGCGCUGUGCGCUUGAAGGAAUGUGCUGGUUCACACGGAGCCUGGUGGGUGCUCCGCCUGUCAGAGAUUUACGCCUUCGGGCUUACCAAACCUUGUGGGCUUUUCCAGAGAAAGCCCGACAGCUGUUUUCCAUAAAAUGUUUAAAAGCUCACAUUAGCCUGAGUGCUGGAUUGGCCCGACGAGGUGAGCCGUCUGCUGUGGCUUGUUUUUGCUGAAAGAUUUCUGUUUAUUUCCUCUUGCAGUUGUCCAUACGAUUUUGGCAAAUUAUGAAAUGAGGAAUGGUUUUCAGAGUAUUAGAUGGAACUUACCCCCAUUGAAGUUUGUAAGUGUGUUCCGGGGAAGAGGGAGAAGGACGUUCGCUACCUAAUCAGUUUUGCCCGUUGUGAAAAUUAACCCCCUCUCCAGGGGCAGCUUCGGCCCCCAGGCAUAAGAGUUAGUUUGUUUUUUUAAAAUGGUUACUUCAGAGAAAAGCCAUUUGGGGUCCUCCCCAUGCAUCUCAUUGUUCAUGUGAUUGCUUAUUGCUUAAUAAAAAGAAACAAAACGUGUGCAGCCAUUACACAUAGCCUAAAGCUGUCAAGAGAUUGACUCAACAUUGCCUUCAUUCCUUAAAAUUAAAAACCUACAAAAGUCGGUGUAAAUUUGUUUGUAUAUGUUAUUUACCUUCAGAUCUAAAUGGUAAUCUGAACCCAAAUUUGUAUAAAGACUUUUCAGGUGAAAAGACUUGAUUUUUCGAAAGGAUUGUUUACCAAACACAAUUCUAAUCUCUUCUCUUGUGUAUUUUUGUGCACUAGGCACAGUUGUGUAGCAGUUGAGUAAUGCUGGUUAGCUGUUAAGGUGGCGUGUUGCAGUGCAGAGUGCUUGGCUGUUUCCUGUUUUCUCCUGAUUGCUCCUGUGUAAAAAUGCCUUGUCGUGCAGAAACAAAUGGCUGUCCAGUUUAUUAAAAUGCCUGACUACUGCACUUCCAGUCACCCGGGCCUUGCAUAUAAAUAACAGAGUAUACAGUGAGCACAUCUAGCUGAUGAUAAAUACACCUUUUUACCCCCUUCCCCCCAAAAUGGUAUAUCUGAUCAUCUUCAUGUAUGAACUUAAAAUAUGGAAAAUGUUAAGGAAGCAAAAAUGGUUUGUAACUUUGUAAGUACUUAUAACAUGGUGUAUCGUUUUGCUCAUGAAAAUUCUGUACUAUAA